GGGUAGAAGUACAUGUUUUAAUACAGAGUUUUGGGGUACAGGGGUGUAAAUAAUGUGUGACUCUGCUAUCUUGCUGUGACUGUGUCUGUUGGAGCUGCUGGCACUCUCACAUGAACCAAUGCCUGGAAACACAAAGCGAGAGGAGAGACAGUAGCACAGCUACCACGGGCCAUCUGAGCAGUGACAGCUGGUUUGUCUGUGACCAAUCCUUGUCUGGCCUGGUUGGAGAUGGUUACGCUAAGGGAGAUUUGCAGUAAUUCAAGACACAGGAGUAGUUGUCAUUCUUACACGACAUUCCACCAUAACAGCUCUUCUGAGCACCUGGUUAAAUCGUGUUUAGGAGUGCUUUAGCAUGGGUAAAAAGAGUCAGAAAUAGAUGUCAUUGUUGUAUUUUGGGGGGGUUGUGCUUAAUUUACUGUAAUCUUAAAUAGAAAUACUGAACUAUUUUGACAUUGUUUAUUUUUAAGCUCAUUUCCCUAUGGUGGACAGAACGUGUCACUGCAUUACACUGACUAACGUUUUCACCACAAUAUUUACAGGAAAUACAUGUCCUUUUUACUUCAGAUUAGUGAUGUUUGUAUAAAAGUUUACAGUCGUCACAAUCUCACAAAAUCGAUUGCUUAAAACAGAUCAAUAUCUUCGGUUUAGUUCCAGUGUUUCUCUCAUAUGCACCUGUCUGUAGAUGGUCUUUGAACUCCGCUGUGAUUUUCAGACCAUGGUGGCAAUCAUUUGUUUUUUAGGGCUCCUCCUACGAAUAUCUCUGGCCGAGGUUUAACCUAUAAUUCAAAUGAAAACCAACCCGUUUGUCACGUAUCCCCAACCAAGGCUGCCCUGCAUCACGCACUCCUGCUAUCCAUUACGCACACCUGCCUUCCCUUGUCACGCACAUCAGCGUUGGCUCGUCCCACGUCGGGCCUCAGCCAGAUCGUCAGUUCUUGUUCGCCCAGCCGGCCCAGGAGUUUUUUUUGUUUGUUUUGUUAGUGACGUCGGGGUGGAUUCCGCAGCGGAUGGAACCGGGGGUGCCUAAGCCAGCCCGUCGGGCAUCCACGCCCUGGCUGGCUCGAGAGGUUUCCUUGCCUCGGUUGGCUCCGCGGCUUCCCAUCCCUCAUCACGCUCCACCGGAUCAUCGGGCUCUGCAGCGAGAUCGUCAGGCUCCCAUCCCUCAGCCGGCUCGCAAGGCUCUCACGCUCCUGCCGGUUCGCCGGGAUUCCACGCCCCAACCGGCUGGCCCAGCGCCCAUGUCUCGGCCGGUUCGCCCAGCUACCUAAUCACCAGACCACCAUUUUCUGUGUCAAAUGCAAGGUGGUGGUUCUAAGACCAACAGUAAAUACACCAAACCUAGGAGCCAGAUGGAGAGGAAGAGCGAAGGGGGUUGUGGCCACAGAUCUCCACUGGUCCAUCAAGAGAGACCCGGCUCCCCUGUACCCAGCUGUGUAUCUAUGAAGAGUGAAAAUUCUAUAUAUCUGCCAAUAGACUUCAGUGGUGGAYACUUUACCCGUGAACAAAGAACAAUUGGUGACCAAGASCAGAGGUUAGAGUCAGAGAUUCCGAGUGAUGAACUUCCUCUGGUGUACCGACUCAAAUCUACCCUGAAGAAGAGACAUGAGUGCAUAUUUGAGGGAAUAGCUAAACAAGGCCACUCAACACUUCUCAARAAGAURUACACAGAGCUCUACAUCACAGAGGGUGGAAGCGGAGAUGUCAAUAACGAACAUGAGGUGAGACAGAUUGAAACAGCUUCCAGGAAAUUAGCAGCACAAGGGACACGAAUCAAAUGUAACGACAUCUUUAAACCCUCACCUGGACAAGACAAACCUAUCAAAACUGUGCUGACAAAGGGAGUGGCUGGCAUUGGAAAAACAGUCUCUGUGCAGAAGUUCAUUCUGGACUGGGCUGAAGGAAAAGCUAAUCAGGAUGUCCAGUUCAUAUUUCCACUUCCUUUUCGGGAGCUGAAUUUCAUGAAAAAUAAAAUAAUCUGUUUGAAUGAACUUAUAGAUCACUAUUUCAUUGAGAUMAAAGAAUCUGGAAUCUCCAACUUUGACAGCUACAAAGUUAUGUUUGUUCUUGAUGGUCUGGAUGAGUUUCGACUUCCUCUAGACUUCAAGAACAACGAGKGCUGCUGUGAUGUCACASAGMCAACCUCCGUGGAUGUGCUGCUAACAAACCUCAUCAAGGGGAAUCUGCUCCCCUCUGCUCUUGUCUGGAUAACAUCCCGACCAGCAGCAGCCAAUCAGAUUCCUCCAGAGUGUGUUGACCAGGUGACAGAGGUACAAGGUUUCAACGACCCACAGAAGGAGGAGUACUUCAAGAAUAGYAUCAGUGAUGAGAACCUGGCCAGCAGAAUCAUCACACACAUUAAGUCAUCAAGGAGCCUCCACAUCAUGUGCCACAUACCAGUCUUCAGUUGGAUUACGGCCACUGUUCUAGAGAGACUGUUGUGUCAGGCAGAGAGUGGAGAGAUGCCCAGGAAUCAGACUCAAAUGUACACACACUUCCUGGUAUUUCAGACCAAACAAGGGAUUCAGAAGUAUCUUGAAGACCGUGACCGAGAUCCACACUGGGAUAAAACGAUAAUUCUCUCUCUGGGAAAACUGGCACUCAAACAACUGGAAAAAGGCAAUCUGAUCUUCUAUGAGGAAGACCUAAGGGAGUGUGGCAUUGAUGUAAGAGAAGCAUCAGUGUACUCAGGAGUGUGCACACAGAUCUUCAGAGAGGAAUGUGGGCUGUACCAGAAGAAUGUGUACUGCUUUGUGCAUCUGAGCAUUCAGGAGUUUCUUGCUGCAUUAUAUGUGUUUCUCACAUUCAACCAAAGCAGAGAGAAUCCACUGGUCAAAAAGAGAUCUUCAUUCAGGGACCAGGAAUCAUCAAUCGGACACAAAUCUACGAUCGACUUCUACAACAGUGCAGUAGAUAAAGCUUUACAGAGCGAGAAUGGACACCUGGACCUGUUCCUCCGCUUUCUUCUGGGCCUUUCACUGGAGUCCAAUCAGACUCUCCUACGAGGCCUACUGUCACAAACAGGGAGCAGCUCACUGACAAAUGUGGAAACGGUCAAAUACAUCAACGAGAAGAUAAGGGAGAAUCCCUCACCAGAGAAAUGCAUCAAUCUGUUCCACUGUCUGAAUGAGCUGAAUGACCACUAUCUAGUGUGGGAGAUCCAAAGCUACUUAAACUCAGGAAGUCUCUCAGAAGCCAAYUUGUCACCUACAGAGUGGUCAGCUCUGGUCUUUGUGUUGCUGACUUCAGAAGAGGAGCUGGAUGUUCUUGACCUAAAUAGAUUCUCCAGAUCAGAGGAAGGUCUUCUGAGGCUGCUGCCAGUGGUCAAAGCCUCCAGAACAGCUCUGUUGAAUAGAUGUAAACUCACAGAGAGAUGUUGUAAAGAGUUGGCAUCAGCUCUCAGCUCAAACUCUUCACAACUGAAAGAACUGGACCUGAGUGACAAUGACCUGCAAGAUUCAGGAGUGGAGCUGCUGUAUGCUGGACUGGGGAGUCCACAGUGUAAACUGGAAACACUGAGGCUACGUGGAUGUAACCUCACAGAGCGUUGUUGUGAAGCACUGGCCUCAGUUCUUAGCUCAAAUUCCUCAUGCCUGAGAAAGCUGAACUUGGGUGUGAAUGACCUGCAGGAUUCAGGAGUGAAGCUGCUCUCUGGCGGACUGGGCAGUCCAACCUGUAAACUACAGACACUGAGGUUGAAUAGAUGUAAACUCACAGAAAGAUGUUGCGAAGAGUUGGCCUCCGUUCUCAUCUCAAACGCACACCUGAGAGAGCUGGAUCUAAGUGACAAUGACCUGCAGGAUUCAGGAGUGGAGCUGCUGUCUGCUGGACUGGGGAGUCUGCAAUGUAAACUGGAGACACUGAGGCUACGUGGAUGUAACCUCACAGAGCGUUGUUGUGAAGCACUGGCCUCAGUUCUUAGCUCAAAUUCCUCAUGCCUGAGAAAGCUGAACUUGGGUGUGAAUGACCUGCAGGAUUCAGGAGUGAAGCUGCUCUCUGGCGGACUGGGCAGUCCAACCUGUAAACUACAGACACUGAGGUUGAAUAGAUGUAAACUCACAGAAAGAUGUUGCGAAGAGUUGGCCUCCGUUCUCAUCUCAAACGCACACCUGAGAGAGCUGGAUCUAAGUGACAAUGACCUGCAGGAUUCAGGAGUGGAGCUGCUGUCUGCUGGACUGGGGAGUCUGCAAUGUAAACUGGAGACACUGAGGCUGAACCGAUGUAACAUCACAAAGAACAACUCAACUCUCAGCUCAAACUCAUCACACCUGAAAGAACUGGACCUGAGUUACAGUCAGCCAGGAGACCCAGGAGAUCUAGGAGAUCUAGAAGACCCAGGAGACCCAGGAGUAGAGCUGCUCACUGCUGCCCUGGAGGAUCCUCAAUAUCAUCUCAAAACAGUCCGUGGCCACGGUGAAGAGUUUUUGCUGUUUCAGAGAUCCUCAGUAGUUGCAUGUGAGCUAACACUGGACCCGAACACAGCGUACAGACAUCUCUCUCUGUCUGAGGACAACAGAAAGGUGACAUGGGAGAAAGAAGAGCAACUGUAUCCUGAUCACCCAGACAGAUUUAUGGACUGGACACAGGUGCUUUGUAGAGAAGGUCUGACUGGGCGCUGCUACUGGGAGGCAGAGUGGAGCGGGGAUUUGGUUGAUAUAGCAGUAACGUAUAAAGGAAUCAGCAGGAAAGGAGUGGGGAAAGACUGUGGGUUUGGAUUUAAUGACAAGUCCUGGAGAAUGUUGUGCUCUGAUCAGAAGUACACUGCCUUGUACAAUAAUAGGUGUACUUUCAUACCUGUCCCCUGCUCCAACAGAGUGGGAGUGUAUCUGGACUGGCCGGCUGGCACUCUGUCCUUCUACAGCAUCUCCUCAGACACAGCAACUCUACUGCACACGUUCCAAGCCAAAUUCACUAAACCUCUUUACCCAGGGUUUAGGCUUUGGGUUGGCUCUUCAGUGACCCUGUGCCAUGUAGACACCAAAGCUUUCAAAGAAACACAGUCAUAAGUUUGUCAUAAUUGUGACGGCCACACAUUUGAUGUGUUCAGUGAAACAAAAGACCAAUUAGUGGGAAAAAAGAUCAGAAUUUGUCUGCCUAACUAAACGCAGCCAUUGAGCGGCACAUAAAAAAUUAGUUUACUCAUGCAGUUUAAAAUUCACUUUGCAUAACACACCAAGCUUUAAAAGACGCAUGGUUUUCAAAUAUCCUACAAAUAUUUAUUAAAAGAGAGAACUUGCCCAAGCCUCCCUCAUUUCUCCUUCACCCAAAUCCAGAUAGCUGAUGUUCUGAAAGAGUUGCAAAAUCUGGA